AUGAACAGGUACGUGGCUUACCGACUUUAUUUCCUUCUUCCCUAUCCGUUUCUGGGCGUGCUCGCUCUGUUAGAUCUGCCUGUUUUGUUCCGAGCGGUGGUGAUUGGACAGCAGGUAGAGACAGGUGGAAAGACGUACAAGGUGAUGAAACAGCUGGGGGACGGCACUUACGGAACCGUGUGGAAAGCGCUUAAUUUGCACACGAACGAAAUAGUGGCGGUGAAAAAGAUGAAGCGCAAGUUCUACUCGUGGGACGAGUGCAUGAGCCUGCGAGAGGUCAAGUCGCUGCGCAAGCUGAACCACCCCAACAUAGUGCGGCUGAAGGAGGUGAUCCGAGAAAACAACGAGCUCUUCUUUAUAUUCGAGUUCAUGGAGUGCAACCUGUACCAUCUGAUGAAGGACAGAGAGACCUACUUUCAAGAAUCCACCAUUCGAAACUGGAUGUACCAGGUGCUACUAGGCCUGGCGCACAUGCACAAGCACGGCUACUUCCACCGCGACCUCAAGCCAGAGAACCUGCUAGUGACCAAGGACCUGAUUAAAGUUGCGGAUUUCGGCCUGGCAAGGGAGAUCAAGUCGCGGCCUCCUUUCACAGACUACGUGUCUACCCGAUGGUAUCGAGCACCAGAGGUGUUACUUCAGUCAACAGUUUACAACGCCCCAAUAGACAUGUGGGCAAUAGGAGCAAUCAUGGCAGAGCUCUUCACACUCGAACCACUCUUCCCCGGGGCAAGUGAGAUCGAUGAGAUUCUCAAGAUCUGCGCUGUCAUCGGCACGCCCACCCCCAGGACGUGGCCCCAGGGCCUCCGUCUCGCAGCUUCCAUGAACUUUCGCUUCCCUGAGUACUCGCCCAUCCCGCUCGCUCAAAUCAUGCCCAUGGCAUCAGACGAGGCAGUCGACCUGGUCACUGCUCUCUGCUCUUGGGACCCCGCCAGACGCCCCUCCGCUGCCCAGGCGCUGCAACACCCUUUCUUCCUGCGCCCCUCUGCUUUGAGGUGUGUUUUGAGGCGCCUCAAAACACACCUCAAUGCGGGAGGAGCAGUCGACCUGGUGACCGCUCUCUGUUCCUGGGUCCCCGCAAGGCGCCCCUCUGCUGCGCAGUCGCUGCAGCACCCCUUCUUCCUGCAGAAGGGAGUGACCCUCCCCUGCACACCCAAGAAGCCCAAGUCCUCCUCCUCUUCCUCCACAACAACCGGUCCCGUCGUCCCCAUCACCACGCCCUCCCAGCUCGCGGCCGCCUCCCACGCUGCCCUCUCCGGCUCUCUCGGUCUCCCCGACCCAGGGCAAACCUUCCUGCAGCCUCAGAAGGGAGUGACGCUCCCCUACACACCCAAGAAGCCCAAGUCCUCCUCUUCUUCCGCCGCCACAACCGGUCCCGUCGUCCCCAUCACCACGCCGUCCCAACUCGCGGCCGCCUCCCACGCUGCCCUCUCCGGCUCUCUCGGUCUCCCCGACCCAGGGCAAACCUUCCUGCAGCCUCAGAAGGGAGUGACGCUCCCCUACACACCCAAGAAGCCCAAGUCCUCCUCUUCUUCCGCCGCCACAACCGGUCCCGUCGUCCCCAUCACCACGCCGUCCCAACUCGCGGCCGCCUCCCACGCUGCCCUCUCCGGCUCUCUCAGUCUCCCCGACCUGGGGCAAACCCUCCUGCAGCCUCAGAAGGGAGUGACGCUCCCCUACACACCCAAGAAGCCCAAGUCCUCCUCUUCUUCCGCCGCCACCACCGGUCCCGUCGUCCCCAUCACCACGCCCUCUCAGCUCGCCGCUGCCUCCCACGCUGCCCUCUCCGGCUCGCUCGGUCUCCCCGACCCGGGGCAAACCUUCCUGCAGCCUAUGCCACGGCAGGGGGGAGGGCAGGGGCAGAGGCAGGGCGGGCAGGUGCGGAAAUGGCACCAGCAGGGGCAGAAAACGGGGGGGCAGUUGCAGCAGCCGCUGCGGCAGCCAGUGCAGCAGAUGGGGGGACAGAUGGGGCCCGGGCCCGGGCAGGGGCAGGGGCAGAUGGUGCAAGGCGGAGGGUUAGCAAUGGGGGGAUAUGGGUUGGGAGGGCAAGGAGGAGGGGGCUAUGGGCCGGGAGGGCAAGGAUUAGGGGGUGAUUAUGAGCAGGCAGGGAGUGUGGGUAACAGGGCAGGGGCGUACCAGCAAGGCUCGUUGUCUCCCCUCCACCUACAAACCCACCCCGAUCGCCUCUGCGCUCGCCCCUCCACUCCCCCAUGCACUCCCCUGUGCACCCUUCCUUAG